AUUUGGAUUUAUACCAACCGAGGGGGCAAAAGCGACUCUAAUUACCCCAGCACAGUCAACUGACAGCUGUGAGGAUCUGGCCAGUUCUAACUGAGUCUGACCCCCUAGGUUCUCUGUUCGACAGAGCGUUCGGAGUCAUAGCACCAGAUCUCAGAAGUGGCGGGAGCCCAAACUGAGAUAAAAAACAGGCACAUGCAACACCGGUCACCUGUGCACCCCCACGUCUGUGCUAAAAGGCUUUACCACUGAAAGCUCAUUUGUCUUCCACAAAAAUAAAAGUCCUGAGAUGGGCCAGAAAACUCACAGGGCACAGAAAUCCCCCCCACCCCCAAGGAGGGUAAGUGUGGAAAUGCUUUGAUUGAUCUGUACAACUGGUUAUUACAGGGAGGGGCAUCUGACACUUAAAAUUGCUUUGUUAGAUUCAAACGUGGGGCGUGCAUGUGUGUGGUUGAUGUUGCAGGGAGAAUUUAUAGCUCUUCCCAUAUCUGGUUAGUAGUAAGCUCAUCUGCAAAGCAGGAACAAUCUCAGGCAAAGCCGUUAGUUGAGUAUGCGGGCUGGGGAACUGGCAGGUUUCUCCCUAUGUGUCAUUGGCUAAUCAGCCCUAGAAAUGAGUUUGCUGCUUGAGAGUCUCUGUUUCAGAGGCUGUCCCCAAGAGGGGCGCGGGAGAGCAAACGAUGGGGUUUCUAGGUGGCGUUCCAUGGGCUCAGAAUUAAUGCACGCGCUUUGGAGGAAACAUGUGAGAUGGUGUCACAAAACUUUCCCACAACUUGACAUAAAAGACUCAGAGCUCAACAGCUGCUGUUCUGUACAAAAGAAGUGAGCCUAUUCAAGGGCAGUACAAUGGAGGAAGGAAAAGCAGAUCCUGGAAGAGGUCACUUAAGCCUUACCUGGUUUUAAGACUAACUGAAUUAGAAGAGAGGGCUAAGUGUGUGCAUGUGUAUUCACUUUCAUAGACAUUACACACAGUUUUAUACCACAUUCCAGGGCAGGAUCUCCAGACUCUUAACAAAUAUAAACUGAGCUGCAUAAGAGUAGUGAGAGAAGGGAAUAUUAUAAUCCCCUUGUCACAGAUGGAAACACUGAGGCACAGAGAAGUGAAGUGACCUCAUUAAGUUCACACAGUGAAUCUGGAACAAAUUUGGGAACAGAACCCCGUGCUUCAGCAGCCUGGCUCCAUGCUUUAACCCUACCCUUGUAAUGUAACUAAUUGGAAUGGAAGACGUACUAAACAUACAGAUGGUGCAGAAAUCAAUCUGCUUAUCUUUGUGUGAGUUAAUUUAAUGCUCAGAAAAGUGAGUGAGGACUCUGUUAUUCAAGUAGGCAGAGUGUAAUCAGGUGUAGUGCAAUUUAUUAUUAAUUAUUAUUAUUAUUAUUUAUUUUAUUUUAUUUAUUGGAAACACGCAGCUCUAAGAAUACAUCUUAAUAUCCUAAACAGCAGCAUCUCUUGCUAGUGCAGUCCUGGGUCUCUCUAGAGCAGAGACUGCCAAUAACAUCAAAUCCUAGUGUGGAUGGUAGCCUAGAGAAGGAGAAUGGGAAUCAGGACUCCUGGCUUCUAUUUCCAGUUGUGUUUCUGACUUGCUGUGUGCCUCAGUUUCCCCAUUGGUAAAAUGGGGAUAAUCACACUAAACCCUGCCUCAUGGUGGGGAUGGAGGGGAGUGGGUUGUGAGGUAAAAUUAAUGUUCAUUAUAUGUUUUGAGAUCCUUGGAUGAAGGUAAUGCAUAAAUGCAAAAGUAUUACAAAUAUUCAGCACCCACUAAGAUUUCCCUCUUUCACCUCUGGAUUCUCGCUCAUAUUUAAGAACAGAUAAAUAAAGUAUUAUUGUGACUACUUUUCCCAUAUGGGGAAGUUGAGAUGAUGGGAAGGGAAGUUCCUAAGGUCACCCAGGACAUCUGAAAACAAAACUCAAAUCUACUUCCUCCCAGUCGUCUGCUUAACCACAAGACUGUCCUUUGUAUAAAUAAGUAAAUAACAACACUCUGUAUAGAUGUUUGUAUCCACAAUGAAAUGCAUUGUUUAUCCUGAGCCAGACCAUGGAGUCCACACUCUGUUUUGAGUUGGGCGACACUCGCAUUGUCAGCUGAGGAGGAACUUCAGAAUCUGGCUUAUUGUUAUUAAAACAAACCCACCAAAAACAACAAUGCUGGUUUUAAAUUAGCAAAAUAAAGUCUAUAGUUUAUUUUCAGCAACUAGUGAACCCAGCGAUCUCCGAGCAAGUGUGCUGCUUGCCUUCAUCGGUGUGUCCAUGUGUGUGUGCACGCCCGAAGUGUGUGCCUGUGUGUGUAUGUUUUCAAAAAAUACAAUCCCAUCUUUUCCUCUGCACAGAUUAGCUUCUUUCCCGCCAUCAGCAACUGGCCCCCGCGUUCACCAUUGUAUGUGAACUGAAUAUUGUGUGUGACCGGAAAGCUAUUGAUCUGCAGCAUCAGUCAGCAGCCUUUUCUCACUGAGGGCCAGCUCUUUCCCAGCUUCUAACAUGUAAUUUGGAUCCCAAUCUUUCCCGUACCACACACUCCCCACCUGCUCAUCUGGGAGAAGGUCAUUAUCCCCCAGCUAUUCACUGGCAAUGGAGCAUGCAAGAAUAGAUGCUUCGUCUAUUGUCCUGCUUAUCUCUGAUUGGCUCUGGAGUGUGGGAAACUCAACCAAGUCAGAGACCCACAGAUUCUCAACGAGGUUGUGCAGUAUAAAUAUAGGGCAGAGUCAGCUUCCGGCAGCACACUUCCACAGGACAUCAGCACGACCGAGAGCUGCCUCCUCAGCUCAGGACAGAUGGCCCCCAGCACUGUUUUCAUGGAGCACAACAACCUGCUGACACCAAAAGAGAAAAACAAACUGAGGAAGCCGGUGGUGGAGAAAAUGCGCCGGGACCGGAUUAACAGCAGCAUCGAGCAGCUGAAACUCCUGCUGGAGAAGGAAUUCCAGAGACACCAGCCCAACUCCAAGCUGGAGAAAGCCGACAUCCUGGAGAUGACUGUCAGCUACCUGAAACAGCAGAGCCAGCUGCAGAUAAAGACUGCAGGAACCAUCCAUAAAAACUCUCAGUUCGACUUCAAGGAAGGCUACUCCAGGUGCCUGCAGGAGGCUUUCCAUUUCCUGUCUCUCCAUAAAGUCCAAACAGAAACGCAGAGCAAGCUCUUGAGUCACUUCCAGAAGAGCCAGUCGGCUGCGCCAGAGGUCAUCUGCUCCCCUUCCAGCCAGAACACCCCAAAGCAAGCAUCCCUGAAGAACGUUAAUGCUCUCUGGAGACCCUGGUAGACUGCGGGGAUGGGGGGGGGAGGAAACGCUUGCUCUAUGGACCUUUGUCUCUUAUAUUCCAGAGGAUGGGAGUGACUGCAUCUGAUAGUCACACCCUAAUCCUCUCUAUGUAGGGAAUAUUAUUUCCCGUUUUAUUUAUGUGUGGAAAGAAUGGGAUACUUUUGAUUCUUCAGUUUCAUGUGGGAUCCUCUGGAAAAGGUUCGGGUAUUCUGUUGAGUGGUAUUUAAGCUGUGCAGACACUUGUGAUAGCAAUGUACACCAGGGCACCCAGUCUAGGGGCGCGUGUCUUCAUAAUGAAGGAGGUUUUUGUAGGUGGCUAGAUGUUAUCAGUGUUACAGUUGUGUUAAGAUUGUAACAGAUAGCGGUCUCUGUAGGAGAGAAUUCUCUAAUUUUGCUUGUAAAAGCGGUCAGCUUUGCUCCCACUUUCCUAGCAACCUUUGCUCACUCUUAAUUUAGGACGAAUGUAGUACUCACUAUUGGUGGACUGUUUUACAAGUUCUCUUGCCCUCUGUUUGCUUGCAGCGCUUGCAUAGCAGCAAAGAUAGAUUCCUAGCUUCUGUUCACCCAUCACACUUUAGGGCUAGCAAGAGGUCACUAGAUAAAACUAUGUGGAAUAUUUCUACCAUUUUGCUGCUUUUUCUGUUUAGGAAAAUAAUAUUUUAAUGCUUUAUAUUAAAGAAAAAAGAAAGUAGAUGCAAGGUUUGGUGGUUCAAUGUUAUACAUUUUGGCUGUCAGGCUAGCUCUUUCCAGCAUGUUCAUUAUGAUAAUGAUUGUUCUCUGUACUGAGCGGUUUCAUUCAUUGUGGAUGGUGAAUUUCUCCCAUGCCUGGGAAUGGCCCUGUGGGCUCUGUGCAUACUAUGUAUGCAUCUGUAUCACGUUUGUAGAGAGAAAUAAAAAUGCAUUUGUGUGCAACGGCUGGCUAGGUUUCCUUCUUGUCAGCUAUGUGCAGCUGCAUGGACCAUUGAAACACUCUUUGCUAAUUUAACAACACCACAGUAAUUGCAAGAGGAGACUUUUCAAACCAAAGGAGCUUGUGUUCCUGCCUAUCCUAGGCACUGACGCAGCCCCCAUCACUGCGAUAGCUGAGCACCUCACUGCCUGUAACACACUUAUCUGCAUGACACCCCUGGGAGGUAGGGCAGUGCUAUGAUCCCCAUUUGUCUCCAACUCCUUUAUUUUACUAACUGUCUUGCCCAAGGUCAUGCAGGAAAUCUGUGGCAGAGUAGAGAAUUCAACUCCCCAUUCUCAAGUCCCAGGUUCGAACCUUAACCACUGUCCCAUCCUUCCUAGACCAUGCAUAGUUUCUAUAGGGAUGAAAGCAAAGGUCAGACACAUCUGGCCCACUCAACCUCCCUUAAGCUCUUUUGCCCCCACACCACUGCCCCAGGAAGCAUAGGCAUCUGCAUUGGCAAGCGGCUCCUGCCAUUCUGGUCUCUCUUAAAAUCCAGAGACCUGAUUCUGAUCAAUGAGGGCAGUGGAUUUACACCAGCAUAAAACUGAUGUAAAAUGGGUACAGUAGAGGGAAACUCCUGGGCUCUCCUCCCUCCUGCUUUACACUGUUGAAUGACUAAAGGAUGCACAUUGGGCAGGAACGGAUGGUUCCAGGGACACACCAGUUCAUUUUCUCCAUUGCCCACUAUGCUACUUUGACCUGAUGUUCGGCAGUAAAUCCAGAGUGACACCUCCCAGCCAGGGUAACAUCAAUGCCAUGCAGUACCAAGCCCGCUCCUGGCAAGAAGCUGCGCUAGGUCACCUUGGAUUACCCAGUGCUGCCGAGGCCCUUGCUUUAAAUGAAUGGUUCCAGUACAGCCAAGUGCCAGCAGCCAGAGGCCUGUGAAAAGGGCCCCACGCCUGUGUCACAAAGAUCCCAUGUACUGGCUAAAAUUUAAAAAAAAACAAACCACCUACAUUUAAAAAAAUACUAGAAAGGCCCAGAAGAGGGGCAGUGCUCAUUCCCCUCACGUCGCUGCCUGAGGGUCUGGCUGGGCCUCAGCAGAGCUGGGCUCGGUUCCCAGAUCUGCAGCAGCCUCCGUGUGAGCGGCUUUAAUUCCUUUACAGCCGUCCCGGUUAACAAAUCAUGAGACUGUCCGGGGUUUGUACAAACCCCAAGGGCAGCACCUUCUGACCCAGGCAGUGUAAGUGGGUGUGAAGUUGCUGGGAAGAGCAGGGUGUCCUGAGCAGGACUGUAUUCCUCGCUAACAAAGCAUGGACUCGGCCUUACCAUUUGCUCCUGCAGGAUUGUGAUUGGUUUUUGUAAUUAUAGGGACUGGAGGGUUCCGUUCGGUUCUGUAGUUGAUUUGUAACACGCUGUUUGGACUGGUGUUGGUGACUGAUUCCUUGGCCAUGGGGCCCUUGUAAAUAAACCAGAUAAAUAAACGCUGCACAGUCUAUUACAGUGUGUAUAGCACCUG